AUGUAUUGGCUUGAUGGACGCGAUCUCGAUUCGAAUGGAAUUCUGCUGCGAGACUUGGCUCAGUACUGGGACAAACCCAGACGCAGAGAAGUGGAGAAUAAGACUAUAAGUGAAAUAGACGUGCUCGCCAGCGGUCUCAAAUCCGCGGUUGCUGCAGAUGAUCACCAGCGAUGGUUGAUCUCUGCCAGCGAGUAUGUUGAUGCCAUUAUUUGGUUUGCGCGGCGACAAGCUCUGUGGAGUUACGAGGAUAAGGGUGUUGGCUUUGGGUCAUGUCAUGAGACGUUCGAGUGGCUGGAUUCCGUUCAUGCCAAGUGGGUUGCGACUCCGAUGCCGCGCUUGUAUGCGCUUGCUCGCGAAAGGUACAUCAAAUCCCUACCCACAGAAUCCCUAGGUCCCUCGACACUCUCCAUGUCCCAACAACCUCUAUCCCCCUGCCCACUUGGGUUUUUCACCAAACCCACAUCCAAUGUCGCGUCAACGUCCAAUCCCGGACAUGUUAACUUGGAGACGCCUUCGGCACAUCAACAUCCAGUUGAUUGUGCGGCCUCCAACGAUGAUUCGAGCCGCACUGCUGCGUGCGCUGAUGCUGUUGCAUCGCCGGCUGCGACUCAACAUCCACAUCAACCUCCGCCUCCUCCCAAGUCGAUGCACCCGUCAUCAACACCGUCCAACGUGUCGGCGCCGGCAUCGACUGAUGCGCCACUGUCGUCCAGCGCGUCCACGCCAUCCUCUGAUGUGUCGGCAACAUCGAAACGUCGUCGUCGUCGAGGCCGGAAGAAGCGCCGAUCCGAGCGUCAUUCUGCUCCCAUCACUCCCGUGCCAUCCAUUUCCUCUUCCGUCCAUUCUCCAAUCCCCUUUCCCCCACUUAUUUUAAAUGGAAAUCACCAAAAAAUUUUACAUUUCCGUUUCUUACAUAUGCUGCUGUUGUUGGUGGCAAAACAAUGCAGCCAUGUAUUCCAUUCCCAAUUCUCGCCACCCCCGAUACACAUCCUCAAAGGCCAUUUAAGGAUGUCCGUCGACACCGAACUAAGGAUCCGCCUUAGUUUAAGUCCACCCCCUUCUCGAUUUUCGAACACCCAAUGUUUGUUCUAG